AUGGCUCAGCUCUGCGACCGCCACUCGAGCGCAAGGAGAGCUGCCUUUCGCGGCGUUGGCAGACUAACUUUCUGUGGUGCCGUAUGGUUGGCGAGCGAGAGUUUCACAGCUUUCGUUCCAGCAGGGCAUCUUCAGCAGACUCAGCCGGCUCGCAGUGUGGGAGUCUCCGGAGCCACACCGGCGCUGCUUCUUGCAACACUUUCUACUGACGCAGCAAAGGCUGACGACUCCGAUGCAGAGGGCUGGAGCUUCAACCCUUUUUACUUCGUGGCCUUCCUGGUGGUUGUGGGAGUCGUCCGCCUCAUCGGAUGGGUCUUCAGCCUGAAGCCCGAAAUGGAUUUAGAUGCGGACGGAUACAAGUCAACCACUUUGCGGGGGAGGGACUCAGAAGAAAACCUGCAGCGACGGAUUGCAGAAAUGGAAGCCCGCCUUGCGCUCGAGGAAAAACAAAGACAAGCGUUGAUAGCAGGCAAGGCCACGGCUACAAGAGGGCAAGACGACGUGGAUGACGAUUUGUUCAGUUCCGACUUGGAUGCGCAGCUGCGCGCAGCACGGAACAGCUAG